AUGCCUGGUAUUUGUUAUUCCUGCGGGGAGAGGCGCGAGACAAAGCGAUGUUCUGCAUGCCAGCAUGCACACUACUGUUCAAAAACCUGUCAAAAGCGGCACUGGAAGAAACACAAACCAAACUGUAUUCCACCGGAAUCGUCACUACAUGAAUUGUUCGACGCUUGCGCCAUGGACCUGUGGCCAAGUGCUCCUGCAGCACACGACUAUGGCUUCGACAACGUGAAGUUAUACCAUGGUGAUUCUGUGUUUCCUCGUGACUCUCGUGGUCUGACGCCGGAACACGUUUUGCUUGGCCUUUAUCAGAUCAUAACCAGGGACAUUAAGAAUGAUGAACUACCAAAUGUUGGUGAAUUUCUUUCUGAUAUCCCAGUAUAUAAUUCUAUUGGCGCAUCGAAGAAGAUGAUGCUUGAAUCAUUCGAGAAGAAUUCACUUGAUGACUUUCUCCACCGUUAUAUUAGCAGUGUAAUUGAACGGGUGGGAGAUCAGCUACCCCCUGAUUGUUAUAUCUUCCAAUGGACACGGCACAGACUGGUUAUUGGUCCUACUCGAUUGUUGCUAAGCGAGUCUGUUGGGCUUACACAGGGGCAAGUAGUACAGAUGAGAAAUGAUAUUUAUCGAAGGUACUACGAAACCAGUAGCUAA